AGCGUCAUUUAAUUCAAGAAAGCGAAGUGAGAGAUACGCUGCGAUUCCACGCGAUCUUAUAACACGUGUAUUUAAACCGCGCUAGUCAAAGAGAUUCGAAUAAGUAUUCUGUGCUUACUCUACGUUAAUUUGAAGAAAUUUUUCAAUUAAAUUAAGUGAAACAGUCAAAAUGCCCGAAGAAAUGCAGACCGAUGUCGCCGAGGUGGAGACCUUCGCCUUCCAGGCGGAGAUCGCCCAGCUUAUGUCCCUGAUCAUCAACACAUUCUACUCCAACAAAGAGAUCUUCCUUCGUGAGUUGAUUUCCAACUCUUCUGAUGCCUUGGACAAGAUCCGUUAUGAGUCACUCACCGACCCAUCGAAGCUGGACAGCGGCAAGGAGCUGUACAUCAAGAUCAUUCCCAACAAGAGCGAAGGUACACUCACUAUUAUUGAUACCGGUAUUGGUAUGACCAAGGCUGACCUCGUCAACAACCUUGGUACCAUCGCCAAGUCAGGAACCAAGGCAUUCAUGGAGGCCCUGCAGGCAGGCGCCGACAUCAGCAUGAUCGGUCAGUUCGGUGUGGGUUUCUACUCAUGCUACCUGGUCGCUGACCGCGUGACAGUUCACUCGAAGCACAAUGACGACGAGCAGUACAUGUGGGAGUCGUCGGCGGGAGGCUCGUUCACGGUCCGCCCCGACCAUGGCGAGCCCCUCGGACGCGGUACCAAGAUCGUUCUCCACAUCAAGGAAGACCUCACUGAGUACCUUGAAGAGCACAAGAUCAAGGAAAUCGUGAAGAAGCACUCACAGUUCAUCGGCUACCCCAUCAAACUGAUGGUUGAGAAGGAACGCGAGAAGGAGCUCUCUGAUGACGAGGCUGAGGAGGAAAAGAAAGAGGACGAGAAGGAGGAUGACAAGCCCAAGAUCGAGGAUGUGGGAGAGGACGACGAGGAGGACAAGAAGGACAAGAAGAAGAAGAAGACCAUCAAGGAGAAGUACACAGAGGACGAGGAACUCAACAAGACCAAGCCCAUCUGGACCCGCAAUGCUGAUGACAUCACACAGGAGGAGUACGGUGACUUCUACAAAUCCCUCACCAAUGACUGGGAGGACCACCUCGCUGUCAAACACUUCUCCGUUGAAGGUCAGCUGGAGUUCAGAGCCCUGUUGUUCGUGCCCCGCCGUGCUCCCUUCGACUUGUUUGAGAACAAGAAGCGCAAGAACAACAUCAAGUUGUACGUCCGCAGGGUGUUCAUCAUGGACAACUGUGAGGACCUUAUCCCUGAGUACCUGAACUUCAUCAAGGGUGUAGUCGACAGUGAGGACCUGCCCCUCAACAUCUCUCGUGAGAUGCUCCAACAGAACAAGAUCCUGAAAGUAAUCAGGAAGAACUUGGUUAAGAAAUGCUUGGAACUGUUCGAAGAGUUGGCUGAAGACAAAGAGAACUACAAGAAGUAUUACGAACAAUUCAGCAAGAACCUGAAGCUUGGUAUCCACGAGGACUCCCAGAACAGGUCAAAACUGGCUGACUUGCUCCGCUACCACACAUCUGCCUCUGGUGAUGAGGCAUGCUCCCUCAAAGAGUAUGUCUCACGCAUGAAGGAGAACCAGAAACACAUCUACUACAUCACUGGUGAGAACCGUGACCAGGUUGCCAACUCAUCGUUCGUAGAGCGAGUCAAGAAGCGUGGUUAUGAAGUUGUAUACAUGACCGAGCCCAUUGAUGAGUAUGUAGUACAACAGAUGAGGGAGUACGAUGGUAAGACUCUAGUCUCUGUCACAAAGGAGGGUCUAGAACUCCCUGAAGAUGAAGAGGAGAAGAAGAAGCGCGAGGAGGACAAGGUCAAGUUCGAGGGUCUCUGCAAGGUCAUGAAGAACAUCCUUGACAACAAAGUUGAGAAGGUUGUUGUCUCCAACCGUCUCGUUGAGUCCCCAUGCUGCAUCGUCACUGCUCAGUAUGGUUGGUCUGCCAACAUGGAGCGUAUCAUGAAGGCUCAGGCUCUCCGUGACACAUCCACCAUGGGUUACAUGGCGGCCAAGAAGCACCUUGAGAUCAACCCUGACCAUUCCAUCGUCGAGACCCUGAGGCAGAAGGCCGAGGCCGACAAGAACGACAAGGCUGUGAAGGACCUCGUCAUCCUGCUGUACGAGACUGCCCUGCUGUCUUCUGGCUUCACCCUGGACGAGCCCCAGGUGCACGCCUCCCGCAUUUACCGCAUGAUCAAGCUUGGUCUGGGCAUCGACGAGGACGAGCCUAUCCAGGUGGAGGAGUCGAGCGCCGGCGACGUGCCCCCACUAGAGGGCGACGCUGACGACGCGUCACGUAUGGAGGAAGUGGAUUAAAAUCUCAGCUUUUAGCCAUGUUGUAAUGGUGUUUAUGUGAUUGUAUCGCGAAGUUAUUUUGUGCACUGGUGUACAGCCAAAGACUGAUUUAGUUCAAAUUCCAUUAUUCAAAAUAAAUGGUACCUUAACAAAUUA